UCCGGGUAUAUAUUAAUUAGGGCGCGUCAUCGCAGUUAGCAUCAGUGCUGAGAAGUCAGUGACAUUGCAGUCUCCACGGAUCUUCACAGAAAUCUCUUGAAGAACAAGCUCUGAGAUGUGUGGUAUCUGGGCUUUGUUCGGCAGCGAUGAGUGCCUGUCAGCUCAGUGCACCUGUGCCAUGAAGAUAGCUCACAGGGGCCCUGAUGCCUUCCGCUUUGAGAAUGUCAACGGCUACACCAACUGCUGUUUUGGCUUCCACCGCCUGGCUAUUGUAGAUCAGCUGUAUGGCAUGCAGCCCUUGCGAAUCAAGAAGUUUCCCUUCUUGUGGCUCUGCUACAACGGAGAGAUUUACAACCAUCAGACGCUGAAGAAGCAGUUUGACUUUGAUUACCAGACAAAAGUGGACGGUGAGAUUUUGCUCCAUCUGUACGAUCGCUUCGGCAUCCAGAAGAUGGCUUCACUCCUGGACGGUGUCUUUGCUUUUGUUCUGCUGGACACUGCCAACAGAAAAGUCUUUCUGGGAAGGGAUACAUAUGGUGUGCGGCCUUUGUUCAAACUCUUGACAAACGAUGGAUUCCUCGCAGUCUGCUCAGAAGCCAAAGGCCUCACAGAAAUUAACCAUGCACAGACCACCCCCGCCAAGAUUGACGCCUUUCUCCCUGGCCACUAUGAGGUCUUUGAUUUGAAGCAGUCCGGCAAAGUGCAAUCUGUUAAGAUAGAGCCGUUUCACUGCUGCACAAAAGAGCCUGCUCAUGCCAUCUACGACACUGUGGAGAGACUACCAACAAGCUUCGACGAGGAGACGGUGAAAAGCAACAUCAGAUUCCUGUUUGAGAAUGCAGUGAGGAAACGUCUCAUGGCUCACAGGAGAAUUGGUUGUCUUCUGUCAGGUGGUCUGGACUCCAGUUUAGUUGCUGCUACACUGGUGAAACUGGCCAAAGAGGAGAAGCUCCAGUAUCCCAUCCAGACAUUCUCAAUCGGGUCAGAGGACAGUCCAGACGUCAUAGCUGCUCGCAAGGUUGCAGCUCACAUCGGCAGCGAACACCACGAGGUGAACUUCACCGCAGAAGAAGGCAUCCAAGCUGUAGAGGAAGUCAUCUUCCACCUGGAGUCCUAUGACAUCACCACCAUACGUGCCUCUGUUGGUAUGUACUUGGUGUCAAAGUACAUCAGGGAGAAGACGGACAGUGUGGUCAUCUUCUCUGGAGAAGGCUCUGAUGAACUGACUCAGGGAUACAUUUACUUCCACAAGGCUCCAAAUCCCAAAGCAGCAGCAGAGGACAGUGUUCGUCUGAUGAAGGAACUCUACCUGUUUGAUGUUCUCCGUGCUGAUCGCACCACCGCUGCACACGGCCUGGAGCUCAGAGUGCCUUUCCUGGACCACAGAUUCACAGCGUACUACCUCUCCCUGCCUGAGGAGAUGAGGAUUCCUAAGAACGGAGUGGAAAAGCACCUUCUGAGAGACUCUUUCAAAGGUCUGAACUUGAUCCCUGACGAGAUCCUGUGGAGACGCAAGGAAGCCUUCAGUGACGGUGUGAUGUCAGUGAAGAAGUCCUGGUAUACCUGCCUGCAGGAGCACCUGGAGUCUAUGGUGAAUGAUGCCCAGAUGGAGAAGGCGCACAAGACCUUCCCUCACAACCCUCCUCGCACCAAAGAGGCCUACUACUUCAGACAGGUGUUUGAGAAGAAUUACCCUGGCCGGGCUGAGUGGAUCCCCCACUACUGGAUGCCACGCUGGACCAACGCCACUGACCCAUCAGCCCGCACCCUGUCUAUCUAUAAACCCGAUAAAGACCAGUGAUUCACUGGAACA